AAAUUUCACUAAUAUUCAACAAGUGAGAACUAAAGUUUGAAGCCAUUUAAUUUUCUUAAGACUAAGUCAUCAUGACUUAUAUGCCAAGUUCAACCCCAAGAAAAUUGAUCAAUCUCUAACCAAAUUCAAACACCACAUAACAUUUUUUCCCUAAUGUUGAAACUUGCAUUGUUCUUCCUCUUAGUUCUGUUCCCAUUGUUGUUCCAUAGUUCCUUAGGCAACAACAUCAUCAACACCACUUCAUCUUCAACACUUUGUGGCACAAAAUCUUGCCCCAAUGGACCUAACAUAAGUUACCCUUUUUGGCUCUCACAUGGUUCUCCCCCUCAAGAAUAUUGUGGCUACCCAGAAUUCGGUUUAAUAUGCUUAGACGAUGGCAACACCAUUUUCUCUCCACCACCAGGUUUAUACUAUUAUGUUAAGCACAUAGACUAUGAUAACCAUAGCAUUAAGCUUAUUGAUUUCGACACCACAAACCAAACAUGUCCAAGGGCACUUCAUGGUUUUCCAAUAGGGAACUUACCUCUUUCUCAUUCUUCAUUGAACUUGAACCUUAGCUUUUACUAUAACUGUUCUACUUCUACUACUUCACACCCUUCUAAUGUUCCUGAUAUAAGUUGUUUGAGGCAAGGGUCAAAAGAGUCUUUUGUGUUCUUGAAGGGGAAUGAGAGCAAGGGUUUUGAUUGGUCAGAGAGGUGUGAGGAGAAUGUUGAUGUGACAGUGAUGAAGGAUGAAAUUAGUAGUAAUGGUGGUGAAUAUGGUUUGGUGAGUGAGUUUGGUAGGGCUAUGAAUGAAGGGUUUGUGCUUGAAUGGGAAACUGAACAGACUUGCAAAGAGUGUGAGGCUUCUGAGGGAUAUUGUGGAUACAGUAGUACUAACAAACAGAUCUUGUGUUUCUGCAAGGAUGGUACUGUGAGGACCGACAAUUGUCGAGUAGCAGGGGAAAGCAAGAGCAGGUUGUCGAAAUUAAUUAUAGGUUUAAUAGCUGCAGGAAUUGGAGUAUUACCUAUAACAUGCAUCAUACUUUACAUUUUUAGACACAAACUAUCACCAAUCAUGCCAGAAAUUUUGAAGAUCAGCAAUAACGACCAAGAUAUUGAGGCCUUCAUGAAGACUCAUGGACCCAUAUCCAUAAAAAGAUACACUUAUUCAGAUAUCAAGAAGAUGACCAAUUCUUUCGAGUCGAAACUCGGGGAAGGUGGUUAUGGAGAAGUAUAUAAAGGAUUCCUUAACAAUGGUGGUCCUGUGGCUGUAAAGCUUCUCAAAGCUUCCAAAGGGAAUGGUGAGGAGUUCAUCAAUGAGGUCAUGAGUAUUAGUAAAACAUCUCAUGUAAACAUUGUUGCAUUGCUCGGAUUUUGUCUCAAAGGUAACAAGAAAAAAGCUCUUGUCUAUGAAUACAUGCCAAAUGGAUCGCUUGAAAAGUAUAUACAUAACAAUGAUCCUGUAACCAAUCCACCUUUGAGUUGGGAAAGGCUACACCGGAUUGCAAAAGGGAUAGCUCGAGGGCUAGAAUACUUGCACCGAGGUUGCAACACGAGGAUUCUCCAUUUCGACAUAAAACCAAACAACAUCCUCCUAGACAAGAACUUUAACCCUAAAAUCUCGGAUUUCGGGUUGGCUAAGCUCUGCUCAAAGACACAUAGCAUUGUCACAAUGUUGGAUGCUAGAGGGACAAUAGGGUACAUAGCUCCAGAAGUAUGGAACAGACAUUUUGGUGGAGUAUCGCAUAAAUCUGAUGUAUAUAGUUACGGAAUGAUGAUUCUAGAAAUGGUUGGAGGGAAGCAUAAUAACACAAAUGCUGAGGUAACUAGUCAUUCUAGUGAGUUGUAUUUUCCACAUUGGAUAUACAAGCAUAUUGAAAGUGACAAGAGUAGUGUGGCAUGGCAAGGUGCUACUAUGAGCAAUGAGGAAGGUAAGAUAGUGAGAAAAAUGAUCAUUGUAGGGUUGUGGUGCAUUCAAACAAUUCCAUCAGAAAGACCUCCAAUGAGUAGAGUCAUUGAAAUGCUUGAAGGAAGCAUUGAUUUGUUGCAAAGUCCACCUAAGCCUUUCAACUUUUCCCCAACUCAAACCAAAGCGGAAUAUUGUGCAACUUCUAGCACCGAUGAUUCAUUUUCCCCUACUGAUUAAUAUAAUCAUAGAUAAGUUUUUUUUAACAUGUUAAUAAUUCACCUCUUUUUUUAAUUAUGUGGUCAGGAAUUUGAUCACUACUCUUGAAAAUAUAGUAUCACUUUUGUAGUCAAAUAUUCAUGGCAUGAUUAUUGUAGCAGAGGAUCUUUUAUUAUUUACAUGCUACUAGUGUGCAUUAUUAAUUAGUUUCUCUAUAUAUAUUAUAUAUAUAUAUUACUAGAUAACUUUCAUGACAUUUCAUUGAAGAAGCCCUAAAAUAGUCAACCAUAACUACACUGCAUAUUAUGGAUUGGUAAAUUUGUUUUAAGCCGAGUUGGAUCUUGAAAGAGGUGUAUAAUGUUUAAAUUAAUUUUUUUUGUAUAUCUUGCAUCUAUAUCUGUUAAAGACUUGUUGUUGAUGAGUUAACCUUUUUUGAUCGGUGACUUUUGUCUUGUUAGGGAGGUGAUAAGUUUUGGUUUAUAGCUGAGUGUUAUUUAAGAGUGGCAGUAUUGAUGAAUAGUUUGUCUCUGUUUUAAUAUAAGAGUAGUGAUAGACUCUGUAAAGUAUUGUGUCAUGUGAUGUGAAACCAUGAGUUUAGCUUUUGUUGCUUGUUUUAUUUUGAACCAACAAAAUUAUUUUUUAGUUUCUCACGGUAUCUCCUAACCCGGCAGAUUAAGGAAUAAUUCAUCACAGAUCGAAAGUUUAUUUAAGAGUUUGUUAUUGGCCAAUACAUUGCUGCGUGUACAAGGCAGGAUUCCAUCCCCUGACAGUUGCUAA